GCAAUCUCUCAAAAAUAGAGUUCCUUGAGAAUUCUUCCAGUUUUCCCAAAUUGGCGCACCUAGAUCUUUCCGGCAACAAGUUUACUCAUCUGCCAACAUCCAUCAACGAAUAUGAUGAUUUGGAACACUUGAUUAUGUUUAAUUGCAAGCAGCUAAAAAAGAUUCCUCAGCUUCCGCCAAAUAUGCAUAUGCUAUGGGCAAAGGGAUGCAGAUCUCUACAAGAAUUUCCAGAUUUGUCGGGUCUCUCCUCCAAACUCCUCAGUGUUGACUUAUCUUCAUGUCGUGAAUUAUUCCGCAAAGGAGCAAACACGGCUGAUGUGUUAUUACCCAAGGAGCACCCGAAGUUGGGUUACUAUGACAUUUUGCUGAGUGGAAGAGAGAUGCCAGAAUGGUUUCUCCACUGUAAAGACGGUUCCAUAUCUUUUAUGGUUCCCAGGGACUCGCAUGACAAAUUCGUAGGACUAGCACUCUGUUUAGUUCUUGGCCCGGAGGAAGGAGAAGUGGGCUGUGGCAUCGAAAUUCUUGUCAAUGGCCGAAGAGUGUUUGACCUGGGAAGACAAUUCCAUUUUCUGAAAUCCGAUCAUGUGUGGAUGACAUAUCUCCCAACGAGUGGGCUGCUGUGUGAAGAAGGGGAGGUUCUGCGAGACGAUCGGAACCAUUUCCAAGUUCACCUCGAAGCAUACAAAGGAAGAUUGAAGAAGUGCGGAUUCCGUCUAAUAUGCGAGCAACGGGAGGAUGAGCAGAGGAUCGAGCUCCAACACCAUCAGCCGACGGAAACAAAUUGGCCUUUGGAGGAAAGAGACUCGGACGAAGACAAUUGGAUAGACACCGAGGACGAAGAAAGUUCAAGUGAAACAGAUGAUGAACUAAUCAAAGCAAUCGACCCAGAAAAUGAAGAACGCUCACUUAUGUCAGCAGGUAAGAUCAUCGUGCCUGGACGAACAGAUGCUUGUCUCGCUCAGGAAAGUGGCUGUCGAAGUUGUGGGCACUGGCUUACGAAGCGAUUCUUGAGGGAGCGAGGUAUGAGAUUCUGAUUCCAGUGCCUUUUGCUUUUCCCUUGUUCUUUUUUCAGUCUAUACUGUUAAGUUUUUGGAUGUCUGCUCCUUCAAUUCAAGUGCAAAAUCAUUAUGAAAUACAGGAUUCAUAUCAUGCUACCGACAAGGUUGGAUACAUGGACAUACUACCGCUCACGAAAGUGCAUUCAUGCCGCACCGUUUUAUCUUUUCAUUCCUUAAAACCCAAUCCUCUUCCUCAUUAGUCGAAAUUUCACGAUUUUUGAUGCACGGAUUGUUCUCGUGUUUUGCAAAGUCAAUAUUAAUUUGAUUAUUACGAGCGACGUAUGCAGAA